AUGAAGAAGCUAUUCCGAAAGCUCAAAGACAAAAAACCCACUGGCAAUGACCAGGGUCUCUCGGAGACAACCUCUCUCCGGGAAGCUCUCCCCUCCAUUGCUCAAGACAUCACACCGCCUGCUCCCAUCCAAACUCCGGUUGCUCAACCAUCACCCCCUACAACUACAGCACCACCCAUAGAAGUCCUCCCAUCAAGCAACAUCUGUCAAAUCUGCUUCCACCUCGACGCAACACACGCCCCUAGAGAUGGCAACCUCAACACCAAAGACCCUUCCUGGGCCGAACUUGAGUACAAUCUCCCACCGGACACACAUGCCGCCAAACUUGUCCCCAAAUCAGAGGAUCUCAUCAAUUCGGCAAACGGCGGCUGCAUGCACUGUUUCAUCGUGCGCACAGCGUUGAAUGCCAUCCAUCCAGGCUGGGAGAAUGAAAAGACCAUCCUCCACGUUUUCCUGGCGCCUGGUGUGCCCGUGGUGGUGCGACUAGAGUUCGGAAGCUUGAUCACGACGCAUAUGAGCCGGGAGGAAGCGUUGCAGACUUAUGGCUUUGAUGUCCCGGUCAAGUUCACGGUCAUUGUUCGUGAUCCUGAGAAGCCCAGUGUUGAUGUCGAGAUUUAUCGACCACUGUCGCCAAGCCCCUCUGGAGGCUCUGGCACCCCUGGACCAGGUAAAUACCCCUCUUCCCCGUAUUGUCAGAAGCUUUAUCUGUUCUGUUUGCCGAUUCGUCGUGUGUUAGGCUUCGACUUGUCAUCCCUUGUACGGCACGUCGGCUUCGGCGAGGAGAUCCCACAGUGUGCCGGUAAUGAGGACUCGUUAAAUUUCAUCAACCAACGAGUGAACGAGUGCAUCACAUCCCAUAGCUGUGAAGGCAACAACAAGCUGCUUCCACAGUUGCCUAGCCGGGUGAUCUGGGUUCAGGCGCACACGCCGAGCCGUAUUCAGCUUGUUGAGCCCACUGGAAUCCGCGCCAAGUACAUAGCUCUCAGUUACUGCUGGGGUUCCGUCUCGCCAGAUACCUAUCUCACUGAUGCACGCAACCUGGAGUCAAGGAAAGCGGGGAUCAACUACGAUGAGCUUCCGCCGCUUCUGCAAGACGUUGUAACGUGUGUCCGCGCCCUCGGGAUCGAGUAUCUGUGGGUUGACCGGCUGUGUAUCGUCCAAGGCGAUGGUGGUGACUUUUCCACGCAGGCACCCAAGAUGGGUGACAUUUACGGGGAUGCCACACUCACCAUCGCAGCCGCCUCUGGGGAGUCUGAAAAUGAUCGCAUUCUUCUUGAAAGAGACACCAAGGCCGGCCCGUUCUCGCUUGACCUAAAGCUCAAGGGCAUGGGUACGCUAACGCUGAAGGUCCGUCAACGAACGCACAAGAUUGAAACCGAAUAUGUGGGAGGAGACUAUGGUCGGGUUUCAACACGGGCCUGGAUCUGGCAGGAACGUCUUCUCUCGUCUCGCACCGUGUUCUUCACCCCCCGUGCUCUCAAGUUUGAAUGCCAUCACCACUCGGUUUGGCAAGGUUAUGCCCCUGGCGUUGUUGGAAACUCGUGGUCAACACACGUCGAGUUGGCCUCCAGCUCACACAACGCAUGGCUACGGUUGCUCAUCGAGUUUAUGAAGCGCAACAUUACCAACGCAUCGGACCGGCUGCCCGCCAUCGAGUCCGUCAUGAAGCGAAUCGCAGUCAACACCGGUUGGAGCCCUUUUUGGGGCGUCUUCGAGGAGAAGCUUGUCGAAAGCCUUGGCUGGAGCGCCAUAGACCUGAAAACAUCUUCGGGGCAGGCUAGCUGCCGUAUGAAUCCUGGACACUAUGCUCCGACGUGGAGUUGGGCGAGCGUUGAUGGUGAGAUUACGUAUAUCCAUGUGUUGACCGACCAGCACUACGCGCCCUUGCACCAGGUUGAUCCCCUCAUGUACGAACUGCAAUGUCGAGAUCUUGAUCGUGCCACUGGCGCUAUUACAAUGAUCGGAAGCUAUCUCAUUGGCGGCAUUCGAUGUACCAUCGAGCCGAACGCAUCGUACAGCGAAGAGAGUGAGAUGACCCGUGAGGUGGGCAAGUACCGCUACACCCACAACGUCCGGGUAUCUGGACAGCAUCCGGACUUCCUCUUCAAUCCUGAUGUCCCAUUGAUGUCGGUGGAGGGUGACCCAAAUCAGCCAUACUCGGGCUCGGCGGUAAGAGCGCCGUACGGGGUCAACAAUGCAACAGAGGAAUGGACCGGAAAUUGUUUGGUCUUGUUGGUUGCGAGACGAAACAAAAGGUCACUGGCUCUUCUGCUGGGAGCUUCGCUGAGAGAUAUCGAUGGAGCGGCGUGGGAACGUAUUGGACUAUCCACCUCGAUUGAUGUGUCUGUCUGGGACGAGGAACAUGUCAAGACGGGGCCAGUUAGGGUUGUAUGA